AAAAACAGACGUUGGAUGCAGAGGCGGAAGUAAACAUAGAGACAUUUGGUGUGUCCCAAUUCAGGGGCUGGAUCCUUAGUUGAGGUCGCUUGGAAUUAUUCAAUCGUCACCGUAGCCUCACGUUAACCGUGUUAACUCCCCGUUUAGCUCCUCGGGAUGGGAGAAGAGGAAGAGCAGCAGCGCUCAUUGAUGUUUCUCCUGACCUACAUGUUGCUGAAGCGCAGGAGAGACCUAAACAACGCAAACACCCAGAGGCGCAAUGAAAUCCAGAGACGCAUCCGACAUCGGCAGUAUUUCUUCCAGAGGCAAAGGAGGACGCUCAUGAUGAUGAUUGCAGGAGGAAUCCGCUCCAACAUCCGCACCCGUCCCUGGACCAGCACUCCCCGCUCUGACUGGUGGGAGCGGGUUGUGAUGACGGAAUUCCAGCCCUCUGAUUGGCUGGACAAGUUUCGGAUGAGCCAGGAGACCUUCUUCUACCUCUGCGACAAGCUGAGGCCCCGUCUGACUCGCCAGGACACCAGCUUCCGCCUGGCGUUGCCGGUGGAGAAGCGCGUGGCCGUGGCCCUGUGGCGUCUCGCAUCCAACAUCGAAUACCGCACCAUCAGCGCCCUGUUUGGUGUGGGGAAGUCCACCGUGUGUCGGUGUGUUAGAGACAUGUGCCACGCCAUAGUGGCUCUCCUUAGCUCCACAUACCUGCGGCCCCCCACCGAGCAGGAGCUGGAGGACUCGGCUAAGGUCUUUCAUUCCUACUUGGGCUUCCCACAUUGUGUGGCUGCCAUCAAAACACUUCACAUAGCUAUCAUCAGCCCAUCGAGCAACGCGUCUGACUAUGCCAACCCUGCUGGAUGGCUCUCUGUCCAGUCUCAGGUGGCUGUCAGUGGCCGCGGGCACUUCUGGGAUGUAUGUGCCAGUUUCCCAGGUGGGACUGAUCCAGCUGAGAUCUUACAGAACUCCUCUCUGUGGGUCACAGCUGCAGAAGGUGGACUAUCUCCUGCCCCAACACCUAUCUUCAUGGGGAAACCACUUAGGUAUGUGUUGCUGGGGGAGGCCUGCUACCCUCUUCAGAGGUGGCUGAUGAAGGCCUAUCCAGAGCAAAAGAGCCGGAGGGGAUGCCGCACAGAGCUAACGGAGCCGCAGCAGCUGUUCAAUCAGCGCCUCAGCAGGGCGCUGCGUGCCUCGGAGGAGGUGCUGUUAAGGCUCAGGGCGCGCUGGCAGUGCCUGAGCAAGAGGAACGAUUGCGGGCUGGACCUGGUGCCCACAAUGAUCCUGGCCUGCUGCAUUCUGCACAACAUGUGCGAGUUCCACGGGGAUGCCUUCAAAGCAGAGUGGCAGGUGGAGGUGUGCGAGACGGAGAACCAGCAGCCUGGUCACAAACCCCUGACCUCGACCAGCAUGGACCAAAGUGAUGCUGAGGAGGUCAGGGGCCUCUUCUGUGACUAUUUCCAGCUGCAAAGAACAUGACUGUAGUCGCUAAAAAAUGUUUCUUAACUGAUGUACCAGUUUUGUCAUUACAAAACACAAUACAUGAACUACUGAAACGGAGCACUAUGCAUUCAAGGCACCGACAGUAUUUUAGAUGUAGGAUAGAAACUCAACUGUGUGAUAUAUUAUCUUUAAACAACGGUAUGUUGGGUUUUCUGUGUCUGUAGAUGUUCGGUGUUUUGACCUGUGGGGCCUCCAACAAUUAUUACCGAACAAUGCUGUAAAAUGUGCAGAAUGCAGUGGUUGUCUCACUGAAAUACACCCAAAGCCUAACCUGAAGAUAGCGAAUCAAGGCCAUUUGUGUGUAUGCUACCAGAAAAUCACUGGUGCAUUGAUGCAGAUACAAUACUGAUCCUUUGAACUAUUGCAAAUUUUUUAAUUUUAUACCAACAAAUUUCAGUUCAUUUAAUUUGGGAUUCUAUGUAAUAAAUAAAAACAAAGUAUUGCAUAAUUGUGAAAUGGAGGGAGAAUAAAGCAUAGUUUUAAAUUAC